GUUCAUGUACAACGGAAAAUCUCUUCUUUUAUUUUUUUUCUUUCUGAUACGAAAAAACAAGCUCAUUUUUAAAUAAUCAAUAAUCUUCUUCUUCUUCUUCUGUAUUUUAUUUUUUGGAAAUUGCAGUAAUACAUAUUGGUAAAAUGCAAUUUUAGAGCGUAACACAGAAAUAGUAUUCGAUAAUGGAUACAAGAGUAAACCGAAGCCUAAUAAUUGUAUAGUUGCACUGUUGGAGCAUGUGAGAUGAUUUCAACUGCUGUGUUGUUGGCAUUAAAGUUUGUUUGUUUUUCACACACUAUAGCACUUCCCAUAUAGCAUCUCCCUCUCUUUCUCUCUCCUCUUCACUUAGACUUAGAUCUGAGUGAGAGAGAGCAUUCCCAGAAUGGCUCCACUCCAAGAGAAUUCCAGCCAAAGGAAGCAACUUGUGUGUCUGCUCCUACUUUUCAUCACUCCCACAUUCAUUUCUGCAGCUCAGUCUCAAAAUCAUCACCUUUUUAGCAAAACAAGAUUGCUGCUUGAGUUACAAGAUGACAGCAGUGAGCCAAUCAUCACCACCAAAAACCAACCAAAACUCGUCAAACCACCUUCAUCCAAGAACCAAACCAAAACCUCAAAUCUUUCACUCAAGAAUCAAACCAAACUCAUCAAAACCUCAAAUAUCAAGAACCAAACCAAACUCAUCAUCAAAACCUCAAAUAUCAAGAACCAAACCAAACUCAGCAUCAAAACCUCAAAUAUCAAGAACCAAACCUCAAAUCUUGCACUCAAAAACCAAACCAAAGGCUCGAGCUUUGAACUCAUCAAAACCUCACCCAAAAACCAAACCAAUUCAUCAGCAGAUCAAUCCAAGAUCAAGAAGCAGCACAAGGUUGUCGUAGAAGAAGAAGAAGAAGAAGAAGAUGACUUGGUGUCAGAGUUGACAGACCUCCCAUCAAGAUUCCAAGAAACAUUCCUCCCAGACAUGGAGCGGAUAUCGAAAACAUCAAAAAUCUACCUCAACAAAUACAACACCCAAUUCACAAAGGGGUUCAAACCCUACGUGGGCAACAAAUACGCAUCAACGCUGGCCUCCGUGAUCUCAUUCGCAUUCAUCAUCAUCCCCUUAAUUCUAGUCUCGCUCCUCUUCAGCAAGAUCACCGCCUACUUCUCCAUCCAAAAAUUCUUGAUCUUCAUCCAAAUCUACCUCUCCAUAUACUUCACAAUCCUGGCACUCUCAUCAUUGAUGACGGGCCUGGAGCCGCUCAAGUUCUUCUACGCGACGUCCCACUCCACCUACGUGUGCGUGCAGCUGCUGCAAACCCUAGGCUACGUGUUGUACCUGCUGCUGCUGCUCAUGUACCUGGUGCUGGUGUUCUCCACGGAGAGCGGCGUGGCCACCAAGCUGCUGGGGCUGGGCCAGACGCUGGUGGGCUUGGCCGUCGGCCUCCAUUACUACAUCACCGUCUUCCACAGAGCGGUGCUGCAUCAGCCGCCCAAGGCCAGCUGGAAGGUGCAUGCGCUCUACGCCGCCUCUUUCCUGCUCAUUUCUCUGCUCGGGAGGCUCGAUCGGAGGAAGAAGGCGUAUUUGGAAGAGGGUGGCCUCGAGGGCAAGAAGAGUUGAUUAAUUACUCCAUCUCCCAUCCCAUAUGAUUACUAUUAUUUCCCUUUUCUUAAUUAAUUAAGAAACUAAAAUGCUGCUCUUACUUAUUACAACAAUUGUAAUUUAUCUUGCUGCUUAUUUAAGAAACAACUACCAUUUGCUCAUCGAUCUUUUUUGGAUGUAUCAGAAAUUCAAUGCAAUUCAUGUUUCAACACAA